CCGGACCCUGCAUUCACUAUAUCUGAUCUCCCCAGACCCUGCAUUCACUAUAUCUGCUCUCCACGGACCCUGCAUUCACUAUAUCUGCUCUCCACGGACCCUGCAUUCACUAUAUCUGCUCUCCCCAGGACCCUGCAUUCACUAUAUCUGAUCUCCCCAGACCCUGCAUUCACUAUAUCUGCUCUCCCCGGACCCUGCAUUCACUAUAUCUGCUCUCCCGGACCCUGCACUCACUAUAUCCGUUCCCCCCGGACCCUGCACUCACUUCACUAUAUCCGUUCCCCCCGGACCCUGCACUCACUAUAUCCGUUCCCCCCGGACCCUGCACUCACUAUAUCUGUUCCCCCCGGACCCUGCACUCACUAUAUCCCCCCCCGGACCCUGCACUCACUAUAUCCGUUCCCCCCGGACCCUGCACUCACUAUAUCCGUUCCCCCCGGACCCUGCACUCACUAUAUCCGUUCCCCCCGGACCCUGCACUCACUAUAUCCGGUCCCCCCGGACCCUGCACUCACUAUAUCAGGUCUCCCACAGUACACACAACAUGGAAAUGCAAUUAUUUUAGUAAAUAUAAACUGCUAA